AUGUCCACCUUCAACAAGCCAAAGAUGGUUUCCUUCAUAGGAAACUGGCGUCGCAAUACUCAGUACCUCCGUGGCCACAGCACUCGAUAUAUGAAGCCGUACAUGUCAACGCUGUCCACAAGAAGCACAGUCAGAUUGGUGGACGAAUACAAUUCUACAAGAAUUUGCUGCUCAUGUUUCAAGGCGACACAGAAACAACUGGUGCGUGGCUGGCUAAAACAAACUACCAUGAAUCGUGAUGAGCAAGGAGCGAGUAACAUUGCCCUCAUUGGUUUUUCGGCACUGGUCUCACUUGACAACAAGGUGUUGCCUCCUUUCAGUCGAGCUCAAAAUCCUGAUAAGUAA